AUGGCUGACAGAAGAGACCGCGAUUCAGACUCUGACAUUCAUGAGGGCCGCGACAUAGCACGGCAUCGAGAUAGAAGGGAAGAAGGAAGUGAUAGGGAUAAAGAGAGAUAUCACUCUCGUCCCGAGAGAAGUGAACGUGAUCGACGCGACAGGGACAGAGAUAGGGAUAGAGCUCGAAGCAGAAGCAGAGAUGGAGGUAGGGAUAGGGAUCAAGAGAGACGACGACAUAAUAAAGACAGUCGUUCUUACUCUCGAUCUCGUUCACCUCAUCAUCGACACCUCAAAGAUAAACAUGAACGCGAAGUCGAAGAUACCCGUAGAAAAUCCAAGCAUCAUAGAAGACGAUCUCGCUCGUCCAAUUCAAGCUCCGAUUCCGAGAGUGAGAGUGAAAGUGACAGCGAAGACGAAAGGCGGCGCAGAAAAAGGAAAGAAAAGGCGAGAAGGAGAGACAAGGAGGAUAAAGAGGACAGAAAGAGGAGAAAAGAGAAGAAAAGGGAGAAAAAAGCUAAGAAAGACAAAAAGAAGAGAGGUACAGCCUCAUCUACGGCUCAAUGGGGACAAUAUGGUAUUAUAUCAGAAAUUGAUCUACCCAAAAAGGAUUCGGAAUUUCGAGCUUGGCUAGUUGAAGAAAGGAAGAUAAAUCCCGAGACUGUAUCUAAAGACCGUACGAGGAAAGAAUUUGCGGUUUAUGUGGAAGACUAUAAUACUGCUACUUUGCCUCACGAAAAGUACUAUGAUAUGUCAAAGUAUGAGUUCAAGAUGAACAUGAUACGUUCUGGUCAAACUAUAGUUGAAGAUAAUGGAGAAUAUGAUCCUAUGGCAGAUAUGAAAGCCCAUACAACUAGCUUGAGAGGGACCGCACCAAAGGAGCAGGAAUCAUACCUUUCCAAGGAGAAAAUAGCAGAAUUGCGUCGAGUUGAGGCUGAGCGUACAGAAGUGGCUAAAAGGCGUCAAAUGGGUCUGGAUGUCUCUAGAAAUCUUGGUGUAAGGAUGGAAGACGUCAUAUGA